AUGUUGCGCAUUCGCUGGCCCUGUUUGGCCUUGUGCGCUGCCACUUUCUGGCUCGCCUGCCUUCACGUUGCCGGAGUCGAUGCCAAGCCGAUUCUAGAAGGUCGUCAUCACCCGCGAAAACCAAAAUUCGUUUUCCGCGUAGAUAGAAGAUCCCCCGACGAAAUCAGAGCCGCAAGGGGAUUUCUAGGCAGGGCCACGGAAAAUACAAACCUGCAACGGGACAGCGCGUACAGCAUCUAUGUGCACAACGACUUUGACUGGCGCAGUGACCCAACCGUCUACGUGUCCACCACGGCCGAGUUUGGCGUGGCGGCGCGAUUUGCUCAGCCAGGCGAUUACAUUUACCUCGUCCGCGCAAGGUCAAACAUGGUGAGCGUAAACAUUGCCUUGGGGAGGAGGAGUCGCUAUCCUUGGCAGGACGAGUGGGUGGCCAUGCAGACGCGCGCCCUUGACAUCUCCAAGACAGAGGCCGGCAAGCAGCUGUGCGCCGCCUCGGACCAGCCCUGCAGGGACAAGUCGUCGAGUCUUGUCCAGACGCGCUUCCCGCAGCGUGAUCCUGGCAAGGUCGAGCGGACGGCGCACGACCUCGAGGCCAUAUGUGAGCGAUCCUUGGGCGGGCCGCCUGCCGAGAGACACGGAGGACCAGACUCGGUUGCCGGGCCCAGCGGUCUUUGCAGGAGCCAGGCUGCCGAGGCGCUGGAGCCCGUUCGGGCCAAGUCCCGAGGUCAGAAGCGCCCGACGCAGGAAGUCGUGUCCGAUGUUCAAGGGAGCCGUUUGCGCCGCCUCGCCGCCGUCCAAGAAGGCCAAAGUGUCUUCAAUGACGUCGGAGGUGUCGAUAUCGGUAACUACUUAAGUAACCCUGACGAGAUUGACGAGGACUUGUGCUUUGAACCUGGCACCUUUGAGUACCUUUCGUCCUUUCCGUGGGACCAGGCAUUGCCAACAGGCAUGCAUAAAAACCCCCUUGACUCUUCGAAAUUUCCCGUUAUGAUAGGGGGCUCUCUUUCCAGCUACAUCCAAGGUCGUCUGGUGCUAAUAUCAAGUGUUGCAGCAAGGUCAACGCCGCAGCAGGGCCAGAAUUCGUGGCUCCAGUGCGCUCAACAAGUGCAGCAGCGGUUCAGAGUUGCCGAGCAACAGCUGCGGGAGUAUAUAGAUGCCGGUAUUGAAUCGCUGCAGCGAGACCACCGUGACGUGUAUCAUCUUUUCGUACAGAGCUUUCCUGGUAUCCUCCAACUUCUUGAGGACAUGGCCCGUCUGGGCCUUCGCUUUUCCAGCUGCCUGUCAGACAAGCCGGCCAGCGGCCGACGACUGAAGGCUCGAGAAGAUCAAGACGUCUGCGAGAAGGUACUGGCUGCCAUAGGCCAGUCGGCCCCCAGUGAUUCACAACCUGAUAAGACGCCGUCAACAACCCCAGGUUCUCAACCAGGUCAAGACGACUCGCAAGAUUCAAAGGGCAACUAUGGUCCCUCGGGGGCGGACACGAAGCUUUGGCUUGCCAUUGGCAUCCCGGCCAGUGCCUUCGCCGCUGGUGGCCUGAGCGUCUUUGCCGCGUCGGCGGAGGGAACAGCGCUACUUGCCUCUGCCGCUGCCGAGCUCGGGAUCAGCACUAAAGUCGGAUCUGCUUCUGAGGUUGUGACCUCUGUUCUAGGCCGGACCACAAGUUCGCUUACCCAGGUGACUCGCCAAGCCGUGCAGAGGGUCGUUGGACGUGUAUCCCGUCUAGGGCACCGAGUGACGAACCCGCUCCUGAGGCAGAUUACCAGCCGCGCCUUGCGGUCAGCAACGGAACGGGCUAGCGAGCACAUUCCAUUACUGUCCUUCUCUGGCUGA